AUAUAUGGCUCCAGAAUAUGCUAUGAGGGGUUAUUUGACUGACAAAGCAGACGUUUACAGCUUUGGAGUUGUGUUGUUAGAGAUAGUCAGCGGAAAGAGCAACACAAGUUAUAGGCCAAAGGAGGAUUUCGUUUAUCUUCUUGAUUGGACAUAUGUGUUAGAAGAGCAGGGGAAUCUCUUGGAGCUUGUUGAUCCCAUCCUUGAAUCAAACUAUUCUAAAGAAGAGGCAUUAAGAAUGCUCAAUUUGGCUCUCUUAUGCACCAAUCCAUCUCCUACCCUCAGGCCAGCCAUGUCUGCCGUAGUAAGCAUGAUAGAAGGUAAAAUUGCCAUCCAAGCUCCACUCGUCAAGCGGCGCUCAGCAGAUGAAGAGUUGAGAUUUAAGGCCUUUGAGAAGCUCUCCCAUGACAGCCAAUCAUACAUCUCAAUCACAUCUCAUGAAGGUCAGAUGCAGAAGAGCAUGUCGAUGGAGGGACCAUGGAUUGAUUCCUCUCUGUCUUCCCAGGGCAAAUAAGAGAACAGACUUCUGCGUGAUGCCACUGAAACUAAUUCAAACAAAAAGUAUGUGUCUGUGAUAGAGAGAGAGAGAGAG